AUGGCUAGAGAGUUCGUCAUUAGGGUUCCGGCAUCUUCGGCUAACAUUGGUCCAGGUUUUGACGUUUUGGGUAUAGGCCUCAACCUAUAUCUGACGAUAAAUGUAAAGAUAGAUGCGGAACAAUUUGGGGAAGAAUCCAAGAAGGAUCCAUUCAACUGUCUAAUAUCAUACGAGGGUGAAGGUGCUGAUGAGGUUCCAUUUCAAUCAGAUAAGAACUUUCUUACACAGACAGCACUUUAUGUUUUGAGGGUCAAUAGUGUGAGAACUUUCCCACUCGGAACUCGUAUUUUAGUUCAUAAUGACGUGCCACUAGGACGUGGGCUUGGAUCCUCUGGAACUGCAGUGGUUGGAGGAGUGUUGCUUGCAAAUGCCAUUGGAGGUUUUGGAUUUUCCAAACAAAGGUGUUUGGAUUAUUGUCUUAUGAUAGAAAGACAUCCAGAUAACAUUACGGCAUCGAUGAUGGGGGGUUUUGUUGGAUCAUUUUUGAGAGAUCUUUCGAAAUCCGAGUCUGAAAGGGUUCACCAACCAUUGGAAAAUAUACUUUCACCAAAGAAAGGUGAAACAAGUACAGACGCUCCUUCAAAUCUCGGAACCCACGUUAAGUAUCAUAUGUCUGAGAAGAUCAAAUGUGUUGCGAUUAUUCCACAAUUUGAGGUCAGCACGAACAAAUCACGUUCCGUUCUUCCUAGUUCAUACAGCAGAGAGGAUAUUGUGUUUAAUUUACAGAGAUUGGCCGUGCUAACGUCGGCAGUUGGUGCAGAAAAUUUAGAUCCAGCUUUGAUUUACAGUGCUAUGCAAGAUAGAUUACAUCAACCUUACAGAAAGGUGCUAAUACCGGGUCUUUCAGAGGUUAUAACGAAGUUUACACCGGAGAAUCAUCCAGGAUUAUUGGGUAUAUGCUUAAGUGGAGCCGGACCUACUAUUCUUUGCUUGGCAACAAAAAAUUUCAAUCAGAUAGCCUCAGAUGUGAUAGAGAUCUUCAGAAAGAAGAAUGUUAUUUGCAAAUGGCGGUUGCUAGAGCCAGCAUACGAGGGUGCAACAGUGGAGGAAAUAAGCAAACUAUAA